CAUUCGCGACGAGAAGUUCAAAAAAAAAAAAACAUUCGCGACGAGCAUCCGAUACUCGCCGCCGCCGCAGCGCGCGCCAUGCCGCUCUCCGCAACGGAUGCGGCGGCCGCCGCCGUCAAGCCGCUGCCGCGUGCGCUCUCGCUUGCGGGGGCGGCCGUGGCGGCGGCCACCACGUCGCUGAUCCUCAUCUCCGUCGUCGUCUCCCGCGCCCACCACUCCGCCUCCUCCUCCUCCUCCUCGCCGCCGCCCUCCAGCAGCGCCUCCACCGCGGCGCCGCUGCCCGCGCCACCCACCCCGUCGCCCGUCCCGGAGCACCUCCACCACCACCCGCCGCCGCCGCCCCCCGUCCCGCCGUGCCCGCCCAACGCCACCCACGUCGUCCCCUGCCACGAGGACGACGAGCUCUCCGGGGAGCGCCACUGCCCGCCGCGCCCGCCGCCGCCGCCGCCCCCGCACCCGCCCGAGGACCCGCCGCCUCACCCGCCGCACCCCCCGGACCACCCGCCGCCGCCGCCACCCUGCCGCGUCCCGCCGCCUCCCGGGUACCGCCAGCCCAUGGCGUGGCCCGCGCGGCGUGACCGCGCGUGGUACGCGAACGUGGAGCUCCCGCCGCUGGCCCCGGCCAAGCUGGCCGGCCCCCCUGACCCCGUGCGCGCCCGCGGCGACUGGCUGGUGUUCCCCAAGGGGGUGGGGACUUACGUCGAGCAGCUGGCCGGCAUGGUUCCUCUCCGCGGCGGCGAGGUCCGGACCGCGCUCGACGUAGGAUGUGGGGUUGCGAGCUUUGGAGACUACCUGUUGAACUAUGGGAUACUGACCAUGUCAAUUGAUAGGAGAAAUAGGCAUAAAGCACAAGUGCAGCUCGCCUUGGAGCGUGGUCUGCCAGCGAUGAUCGGAGCACUCGGUGUUCGCAGGCUGCCUUAUCCGACGAGGUCGUUCGACAUGGUGCACUGCGCAGGCUGCCUUGUUCCGGGGAAUUCUCAUGAUGAACUCUACAUGCUGGAAAUUGACCGUCUUCUCCGACCUGGUGGAUAUUGGGUAUUGGCUAUGCCACCAAUCAGCUGGAAAACACAGUAUGAUGAUUUGAACCGUACAGCCAAGGGUAUGCCAGGUGAACAAUUAGCUUUGGAAGAGAUAGUGAAAAAACUUUGCUGGUCGAAGGUUUCAGAGAACGGUACAAUCGCGGUUUGGAGAAAGCCUAUAAAUCAUAUUCAAUGCGAGCAAGAUGCUAAGCUCUUGAGGUCACCACCGUUCUGUACAGGAGAUGAUGCAGACAGUGCUUGGUAUGUAAAUACUUCAAUGUGCCUAACUCGUCUUCCAAGAGAUAUUGCUGGUGGUGCUGUGGAGAAGUGGCCUGAAAGGCUCACUGCCAUACCACCAAGGAUAGCCAGUGGAGAAACAAAGGGGAUGCCCAUACAGACAUACAAACUUGACAGUUUGGAUUGGAAUAAAAGAGUUGAUUUCUACAGAACAUAUUUGAAUUUAUCUGAUGGGAGUUACAGGAAUGUCAUGGACAUGAAUGCCGGCUUUGGUGGCUUUGCUGCGGCUAUGUCUGAAUAUCCUGUUUGGGUCAUGAAUGUAGUUCCUGCAAAUCUGACGGACAAUACACUUGGUAUCAUCUAUGAGCGUGGCUUGAUAGGAACAUACAUGGACUGGUGCGAGUCUUUCUCUACUUAUCCACGUACAUAUGAUGUGCUACAUGCCAAUGGAGUAUUCAGCCUGUAUAUGGACACGUGUGGCAUCCCUUACAUCAUGCUCGAGAUGGAUCGCAUUCUCCGGCCAGGAGGUGCUGCGAUAAUCCGGGACGCGCCUGAUGUGGUUCACAAGGUGAAGGAUGCUGCAGACAGGCUACACUGGCACAGCGAAAUCGUUGACACUGAGAAUGGGGGCCUGGAUCCUGAGAAGCUUCUCAUCGUGGACAAUUCUCUUCCAUUCCCAGAUCACCCUGCAUGAUGUUGAUAAUUUCCACAUCUUCUCUGAUCAUCAUCUUCAGAAUCAGAAAAGAUUGUUCUUGGAUGCUUGUAUACAUGCACAGAUGAAGAGUAUAAGAGGACUCUACACGCAAUAGUUACAUAUCCAGAUGACCACAUAGCCGAAUAAUCCAAUGUAUUUGAGCUGUUUACUCCACUAGACACUGUCAGAUUCCAAUAAACCAGUAUAGGUAACUUAAUCUCCUGAGCUCUGUGUUGUUCCCAGCAUGGUGUUGGAUGUGCAGAGAUGCAACCAUGCUCGAUUCUGUAGAGAUGUAGUAUCUAAUUGCUCUGCAUUUGUAUAUUGUAUACUAGCUGUGUAUUAUCGGUGAGAUUUCUGUGAAAUUCCUUCAGAGUUUGCCUUGCUUUGCUUGCUAAGCAAUGGCAUGAUUCAUGUAUGAUGAUGGAAUCUGUAGCCUCUACAGUUUUGCUCAGGUACUUCCAAAUUUUUCAGGCUAAA